AUGGAGCAAAGAAAGAUAAACGUAAGAAAGGAUGAGUUUACGUUAGGUCCCUGGAAAUUGAUAUCAACAGAAGGAAGUAUACUCAAAUCGGCAUGUAGUCAACCUGAUAUUUGCCAAAAUCAAAGUAAAAAAUGUGAAUUAUGCACGAUAUUAGCCGCUAUCGACAUUCCUCUUCCGGAAAUGCUAUUUGCCAAUAAUUCUCUCAGGUUAGAGCAUCGAAACGGUUUUGGAAUUGAAUUUAAUCCGACAGAUGCUCUUAAAUUAGUUAAUAAUCAGAAGGAACAUAUUAAAGUUGCUUACGCUGAAGAAUGGCAAAAGAACAGAGUUUCCAGUGAAGAUCCGGUUAAUGAAACCGUUAAAAGGUUUGAUUGGACUUACUCUUCAAAGUAUAAAGGAACCCUCUUCGGUGAUGGAAUAAAAGCUUCCUCUACGACUCAGCGAAUUGACAUAGAAAAAUUAAAAGCCAAAGAGAAAAUUUAUCAUUAUAAAAGCAUAAUGCUAUUUGAAGAUGAAUUAGCAGAUAACGGCUGUGCGUGGAUGAAUGCGAAAGUGCGAGUCAUGCCAGGCUAUGUAUUUUUCCUAUUACGCUUCUUUUUGCGAGUGGAUAAUGUUCUAGCGCGAGUCUAUGACACCAGAUUAUAUCAUCAGGCGGAAACUAAUUAUAUGCUACGAGAAUUCUUAGCCAAGGAAUGCAAUUUACAACAAGUAAAGGUUCCGUCUCAUGUACUUUCAGAUCCAGCCGAAAUAGAUAAAUUUUUGACAGUUACUGAAGAGCAACUAGAAGUUGUUUCCCUUCCUAUACUUUAA